AUGUUUACUCUGUUCGAUGCGGAGCUACAGCCCCAAAUGGCCUUCAACAAGAAAUAUGCCGGUCUGCCGGACUUGGACCCCUCCCCGGAUAUCUAUGAAACCCCAGACCUGACCGAUGAGGCAUCGACCCUCCCCGCGGGCACUAUCCGCACCGAAUCCGACCAUGAUGACUCCAGCUCAGACAUUGACCGCGAGGGUGUCAACGCCGACCAGGCGCGUAUGCAUUUCAUGGGCGCUGCCGUGGAUGCUCGCGACGUCAAUUUCUCUGAUAGCAUCUCCAUGAAACGUCAAGCAUAUCGGAGCAAGGAUAUCAAUCGCCGUCGGAGACGCGCAGAUGGCACAGAGGAGGUCGGUGACCUGAGCGACAGUGAAGACGAGUCUGUGGAGCGAAGACUGGCCCGCUUGCGGAGGGAAGUCGAAGAUCUCAAAGUGGAGAUGGCCGCCCAAAAAGCCAAAGGCGAUGAUUCACAGAACGCCACAGAAAAGCCCGAGGACCUGGGCGAUGGUGUUGCAGAGUUGAGUCGCGCCUUGGACAACUUGCACACCUCGCGAGGUGCCACACCAUCACACUCGGCUGCUGCAUUGCUAUCUCAGAGACUUGGGUCUGGGGCGACCCCGGCAGAAUCGACACCAGUCGCCAACACACAAAAUGCUCCUCCAGUGGUACCAACUCAGCCUGUCCCCGCCGGUAUCCUCUCCCAUGCAGCAGCUUUCGACAGCAGACUAGCUCUCCUCGAGAGCUCCAUAGGAAUAUCCAACUCCUCAAACCCGUUCGUCGCCGACGGCAUCAGCGAGACAUCACCACACCCCGUCAUCCCAGCCCUCGACCAACUCACCUCCCGGCUCUCGGCCUUGAGCGGCCUUCUAGUGGGCACGAACCCAUCCUCAGGCGCACCAAGCGGACCGGGAAUGACAACCCCACACCUCGAAGCUCUUUCCACUCGUGUGCGGAAGCUGACAGCAGACGCCGAAGCUCUGACCGCAGCACGCAGAAAGGCAUUCGAUGCCGCUAAAGCUGCGCACAAUGCUCGUCUGGCAAGUCCCGACGCAGACACGUCUGCACUGGAAGCUUCUGCGGACGAUGAACACACGGCCAAGAUUCAAGCCCUUUACGCUACACUUCCGACUAUUCAAUCUUUACACCCAUUGCUUCCCAGCGUGCUUGAGCGUCUGCGCUCUCUGCGCGCAUGCCAUGCUGGUGCAGCUCACGCUGCUGAAUCCCUUGAUGAGCUGGAAAAGCGCCAGGCUGAGAUGGCGUCGGAGAUUAGUCAAUGGCGUGAAGGACUCACCAACGUGGAAGAGAAAAUGCGACAGGGCGAAGCUGCUCUGCGCUCCAAUGUCGAGACUGUAGAGCCAUGGGUGAGGGAUCUGGAAUCUCGCCUGGGACGUCUUGAAGCGCCUGGACUGUGA